AUGGUGUCACACAACCUUUUUGAUGCGAACGCGAACGGAGAAGAGACUAUGUUAAGGUCAGACAAUACAUAUGAAGACGGGCUACUAAGAGGAGGAAGCAAAAUUUGCCAUAGGACUACAUAUGCUGUAAAGAGAAGCAACCGAGAACCUUUGUUUUAUUGCGUGGAGAGUGAAAAACAAAAUGGAAGACGUAAACAUUUUAAUGGCAACUGUGAAAGUCACACUGAUGUAAACAUGUCGAAGAAAAGAAGGGACUCCCUUAAUCCUUUAAAACUGUAUAAGAAGAGUGAAAAUACGCUGUACGUUAGAAGUAAGAGCAGAGCUCCAUUUAACAAUAAAAUGGAAAAAGGAAAAUACAAAUUACACUCUCACAUAUGGAACAUACCUAGUAGACACGUUAGUGGACUACUGGAGCUUGCUUUAAAAUGGAGAAGAAGAUGCUUCUGCGGUUAUUCGAAAAGGAUAAUUUCAUCGAAUCGAAAAAUAUGCCUUAUACAAUUUUUUAUGCCCAUGUCAAAAUGUUGUAAGAAAAAAUUAAACAAAAUUGGAAAUCUUUUCCUAACGCGAAACAAGUUGCAGACAUGUAACCAAGUGAUAAGCAACAUGACUGCUCAUAGACGAAGAGUACCCCCUCGCUUUAGGGUAACACGCGAAGAGAGUUGUGAAAAAAUUAAUGAAGGAGAGGUCUGCCUAUAUGUUUGUCAUUGCACCGUUUUAAAAAAUUACAAUUUGCACGUCAUUUGGGGAAGGAAAAAGAAUAAAAAAGGAAUAAUGGAUGAUUUCCACGACUUAAAAUCAUCCUGUAAAUCAAGCCAUUCUAAGCAUCUUGUUCUUUAUCAUUAUAAUUCUGUGGAGAACCUAAAAAAGGAAAAAAACACACACGUAAUUCCUUUUGCACAGUUCUCCUACACCUCGCACAUGUUAGGGCUUGUUUUUGCCCAACCGACACAUCACUGCCAUCAGUUGCGAGUGAAAAAUGGUGAAAAAAAAACAUGUAAUGUCUUCAGCGUCAAUUUGAUGGCAUCACGAUCGGAGGUACUCAGCCCGAUCCACUGCGGUCCCUGCAACAUGUGUAAAUAUGAAGGGACCUAUAGCCAAGGAAGUGUCUGCAACAUUACAGAAAUGAAUUUCCUUAUUGACCCCAAAUGGAGAAAAUUUAACAUGUAUAUAAUUCCUGCCAAGAGUUACAGUUUUUCAGAUUUGUCCGAACUGAUAGGCGCUGUCAUUCCGGAGCACAUCCCCUUGAAUUGCAAUGUGGGGAUGGGAGAAACAGCGCUUUUCUCUUCACUACAGCACCAGGGGGAGAAACUUUUUUUUUAUGUCCCAUCGUACACGCACAUGAAGAUUCAACCGCAGCGUUUUGUAAAUUUAUCCUUGUUGAACAACCCUGUCAUGCUUGAUAAAAAUUAUCCCCAGUGGAUUGAACAUCCGAAUUGUUAUCUAUGCCCUCCAUCACCUUUGGGAAGAAAAAAAAAAAAAAACGACAAACAUAGCCGCAAGAAAAAUUCCUCCUGCUGUGUAACAUUACCCAAUUUAUGUACUCCUCAUUUGGCCCAUUUGGAAUAUAACAAUUACAAGUGCACACUUGGUAAAGGAGAGAUCAUAUUACAACCGCUUCUGCGCGUAAAGGGCGAAGCGGAUGUAAUUGGACUAAUUACGCAUGGCAAGGCAGAAGUGGUAUAUUAUCCACAAAGGCGAGUGAAUGCACCUGCUAAUGGGAAGCUUUCCCCAGUUCGUGUCAUCGGCGGUAGUGAAAUAUGUUUUUUCAACGAAGAAGGCAUUAUUAGUGGUACACCCUAUGCAUGCAUGUGUGCGGGUCCAUAUCCUUCCUUGACGUCUACCCCAUGGGGAAGGAUGCCUGGUGGAGAUCAAACGGAAGCGACAUCACCCUACUUUGACAAAUUUGUGUGCACGUCCAAAUCGCGUGAACAAUCGCGUGAACAGUCGCGCAAACUCGAGCAUAUUAUAUACACCUUCAUGCACGCGGUGGAACGAAUAAUCUGUUUGGCAGCCUAUUAUUUGUCCUUCUUACACGUUCUUCAUUACAAUGUUUAUUUUUACUUAACCGUUUUGGUAAAGUUUGUAGAAUGUAAGAUGUAUAUGUUGAUCAGAAGGGAAAAUAAAAAAGGGGAUCAUUUGUUCCUCCUUGGCGAAGAAGUAGCACUAGUGGACCAAAUGGAAGAAGAAGAUCAUUUCGAAAAUGGAAAGGUUACAUCAAAAAGGAUGGUAGUUCUCCCUUAUUGCGAUAAGUCACUCGGGAGGGAUAACACCACAAAGAGGAGAGGCAAGGAAUAUCCUUUAGUCGCCAAGUUGUUGCCAAAAGGGCAUAACAAAAAUGGAAGGACUAUUGUGUGUACGAAUUCUAUGCAUACAGAAACUGUCAAGGAAUGUGUGGCCAGAAUGGGGAAAAGUCUUACCAGUGCUUUUGUUCCAAAAAGGGCAACGCCCUGUGCAGACCGUAGACAUUUCAGCAGUGAGCAUAGGCUCACGCGUCCGUGCAAAAAUAAGAACAAGGACGAGAAGAAAGAAAUGUGUAGCAGUAUGAGCAGGGGAACAAAUCUGCAGGAAAAGAGAAACGAAGCAUAUACAUACGAACCCAGUGAAGAGUAUUCCACUUUGGGUAACUCUCCCAAUUAUGAACAACUGGUUAACACCUCUGAUAAGAACCAUUUGUGUAGCUUCUCUUACACCCCCUGCAAAUCGACGUUGUUCUUGUCGAGCAGCUCGAAUAAAAGAUGCUUUAGAAGAAAGGGCACCGAAGGCAAUAGGGGCAGGAGAAAAGGUGGGGAUAAGAAAACAAAUGAUCCAAAAGGUAAUCAAGAAAAGGGAAGAAAAAACAGAGGUUAUGGAAACGAGUCCGACUCACACAUGGAGUCCGAUUCGGAGUCCAGCUCGGGUGAGGAAGAGGAUGAAGAGGAUGAUGAGGAGGAGGAGGAAGAAGAAGAUGAUGAUGAGGAUGAAGAGGAUGAUGAGGUGGAAGAAGGGGAAGAGCACGACGGAGAAGAGGAAGAGGGAGGCGAGUUCGACGUCGAAGAUGAAAACGAGCAAGAGGAGGAGCACGAUGAUGACAAUGAAGACGUCGAGGACAAUGACGGGGCGGAGGACGACGACGAAGAGGAAGAUUACGAAGAAGACGAAUUCGACGUGGACGAGGAAAAUUGUGAUGACGAAGAUGAGGACGUAGAGGAGGAAGAGGAACAGGACGACGACGCGGAUGACGAGGAAAACGAUGAAGAGGGAGAUGAUGACGACGAAGAAGAUGAUGAGGAGGAUGAGGAUGAUGAGCCGGAGGACGAAACCGAUGAGGAAGAACAAGACGAUGAACCGGAUGAGGAGGAAGAGGAUGAGUACGAGGAACCGGAUGGCGAGACGGACGAUGAGGACGAAACAGAUGAUGAUGACGAAGACCAGGCGUAUCACAAAGACAGCAGCAAAAAGAGGAAAAAAAAAGGCAAAAUGAGAAAGGAGCACCAACUUAAAGACGAAGAAGAAUCGGAAGGGGAAAUAAACACAGAAGACGAAAAACACGAUUAUCAUUACAACCAUAGCAACAGCCAUUAUGACAAAAAAAAAAAACUGUACCUGAAGAAAAAAAAUAAAAGGUUUAAGCACAGAUACGUGUACCUCAAUAAUGUAUUCAAAGACAGCGUGUGUAUAAACACCACUAAUGUAUCCAAUUUCAUAACAGUAAGUAAGGACAAACUUACUGCCACGUAUAGCGCCUGGGGAAAACACACAGAUAUUGCGUGUGUUCAGGUAAAUAAAUGUGCAUCCAGGGAUUGUAGCAUAUACUAUUUUGAAGUCGAAGUGUUAAGUUGCUCCAAUUUCUCCAAAAUUGUGAUAGGGAUGACAAGCAAAAAUUACACAAUUAACAAAAACCCAGGAUCUGAAUAUAACUCCUUUGGAUAUAAAAAUGAUGAUGGGAAAAAAAUUAUCGAUAGCAAAUUAGAAAGUUACAGCAAUGGGUAUACCAAGUAUGACAUAAUUGGGUGCGGAAUUAACUAUUUCGACAAUAGUGCCUUUUUUACAAAAAAUGGAAAAUUUCUAGGUAAGGCCUGCAAUGUGAACCCUAAGUAUGAUUAUUAUGCCACUGUUGGAUUGACUACUCUGGGAGAUCGAAUCAAAUUUCAUCUGAACAAUUUCUACUUUGAUAUUUACAAUAUGAUUUACGAAGAAUGCGAAAAGGAAAGGAAAAUAAUAAAGUCCAUUUAUAUUCAGAAAGACAUUUUUACUGAUGUUAUUAAAUCCCAUUUGAUAAAGUGCGGCUAUUUUAAUACGUACAAAUCUUUUGUGGAUUUUGUAGAGAAGCAUAAAAACACUGCUGAUAAUGGUAGCAGCGUCGGGGGGUCGUCCAACACUAAACAAUCCCUGGAUAAGUUCUUUGCGGGCCAAGGGGACGAAACGAAAAAGGACGAAAUAAAGAAAAAUGAAAUAAAAAAGGAUGAAGUAAAAAAGGACGAAGUGAAAAAGGACGAAGCAAAAAAGGAUCAAGUGAAAAAGGAUACAGCCAAGGACAAACCCACGUGCGACCCCCCACAGAGCGCAGACUAUACACCCAGCACCAGUCUUCAAAGUAGCCAAACAAAGUACGAGGACCCCCCAACACACCUUUCACAAACUCAAAGCAACGAGAACAAGCACGAUGAUGGGGAAGCCGAAAAACGGAAAGGCGAAGCGGCAGAAGCCGCAAAUGAUCAGAUUCAGAAGGCAGAUGAGUCUCUAUCCAAAACUUGUACUCGCACCAGUGAGGCACCGAAAGAUGCGAGCCCGCAAAAAAUGGAAAGGAAAAAUUCCACGGAGGAUCAAAAUGACGAAAAGGAUAAACACGAUUUUAACAAAUUUCUUAUUAACUACCUAGACGCGUAUGAAAAGCUGAACAAGGAAGAAAGGGGUCAAAGCAAGGACAAAACGGAAGAGACAAAGCAAGGCGGGGAAACGGGCAACAUGACCCUCACCCCAAGCAGUGCACUCAGAAGUGAUCAAAAUGAAGGUGAAGAUAAACAGGCGGAAGAUCCUAAAUCUGCAACUGAUGACACGAAAGAGGAUAACCGUCCAGUGGCCGAUGUCACGGGAAGUAGCAACAGGGAAGAAAAGGCGAGUGGCACAGAUGAGCAGAAGGUGGAAGCGAGCACAGGUGGCGUUGUAACCCCCCUCAUCGAUGCGGCUACACCAGCCGUUGAGCCUUCCAUCUCCAGAGGCCAAAUCCUCCCGUUGAGCCAGGCGCACGCAAAGGAGGACCCCACAGAAGAAGCAGAAAAGCAAACGAUCAGUGAUAUCACGGCCAACAUUUUAAAGAGCUACGAAUUUAGCCAAUACAACUACCCCCCCGCAAACUUGCAAAAUACACUAUGGAUAUCGCGUAAAAACACUCUUGGAAGUUUAUUAAACAUAAGAAAAGACUCCAACACGUUACUACUAAAUCGAUUAAAAGGUAAGAGAAGCCUUAAUUUGAAAGAAGAUUUGAAUAUUUUGGCCACUAACUUUUUUAAUAGCAAAAAGGAAGCGAGAAAAAGUGAAAGCGAUAUUAACAAAAAAAUUCAGCUUUUGCUACGAGAAAAAUCAGGCAUGAUUAAAAAUGAAAGUUUAAAAAAAUUAAAUAAAAAAGAAGGAAAGGGGUACUCAGUAGAUAAGGAAUACAUUACUAAAUAUUUUGUCGACUUGUACCUGUCUGACGAUAAGCUAAAGAAAAUGGUGCACUCACUGCAGACAAGGCACAUCAUACGAAAUAGCAUUAUCAGUGGCAAUAUUAUACAAGUGCUGAAUAUCCUAGAAGAGGAGUACGCAGAUUUAUUGACCAACGAGAAGGGAAGCUUUCACAUUGCCAUGUUGUACACACAACAGCUGAUAGAGAUAUUGAAGCCCAAUAAAAAAUUUAUUAAAAAAAUUUCUUUAAGAAAGAAAAAAUGUAAAAAAUUGGGAUCCUAUGAUAUAGAAGAUGAUUUGCUCAGCGAAACGAGUUACAAAACGUAUGACACUUUAAGUGAUGACCACUUUUAUGAUGACAUCAAAACGGAUUGCGGGUCUUCCGAUAGUCUACUUUGUGAGAGCUCCAACGAGGAGUAUAACAGGCACAAGGACAUAGUGCUGAAAUUGGAGAAGCUCAACAGAAGAGGGGGCAACCUCGAGAGUGUUAAGAGAAAGGAGACACUAGGAAGUUGUCACAAACAGCGUCGUAAGAAGUUAGUAGAGCAUCGCGCGAGAGGUAGCGACAAAAGUUGCGACAGCAAUGGGGAUAGUACUGAUGACAAGGGGGACAGCAGCGUAAACAGCGGUGAUAACAUGGUGAAGGGAUGUUCUGAGAAGGGCCAAGCAACAGGAUCUUCAAGCAAUGGAAAGGGACAGCCGUUUGACCCCUCCAACGCGAAAAAGGAAGAAGCAAGUAAGGAAGAUGAAGAACUUACGCGGAACGCAGGGGAUGACAGAAAUGCAGACCUCGCGAAUCACCCCAAAACGCAGGAAGGGAAGGGAAUAGACACUACAGAGAUGAAUGAAACUUCGAAGAGAAAUUCCCAACUAAACGAUAAUGACCUUGUGAAGGAAAAAAAAAUCGAGAGAAUGAUAUACAGAAGCAUGAGAUCAAAUUACGAUGAAGAGUUUUUUGAAACCAACAACUUGCAAGAAGAGUAUGAACAGCAUUAUAACAAAUUGUCCAAAGAGUAUGAAUUUUUUGAGGAGGAUAAUCCAUACAAUAAUAAAAAUAGAAAACAAUAUUUUAGAAAAGAGACAUUUGGAAAAAAGAGGUACCCAAAGAAGGCGCACACAUUUUCAAGCUCAGGUGACGAUGAUAAUAGCACCUCUGAUGGCGACAGUAAUGACUCCAACUUUAAUGAAGAAAAGCAUUACGAAUUUAAUGACAUAAAUUUUGAUGAGAUAUAUCAAUACAUAUAUAAAAAUAAAUCGCCAAAUAGUGAAGACGUAAAAUUUAAAAAAGAUCAUUUGUAUUUAGCCCUGUUAUGGAUUCGAGAAAAAUUGUCCCAUUUUAACAAAUCGAGACAGGUGAAUGUGCGCCAGUGUAUCCUAGACACGACUUCGCUCAUUGCUUAUCAUAAGCCAUACAAGGAGAGACUCGUUCGCAUGUUCUUCUCGAAGAACAGAAAUUUGCUGACUUUCAGUUCUGUCAACGAGGGUAUACUAGGUCUAUGUCUGAAGGUCCCCGUGUACUCCCCCCUGGAAAUUAUGGUGAAGCAUCUCAUACUGUGUAGAAACUUGCUACGAGAGAAAAAAGGAAACAUCGGGAUCAAGUACGACUGCCGCUACGUGUGUCAGCCGUACAAACGAUACAUGAUUAAAGUUAAAAAUAACAAAAAGAAGAGAAGAUACUUUAAGGAAGCAACAAAGCAAAAGAAUGAGAAGGGAUCGCUAAAUGGAAAAAUUAUUGAAGAUAACAGGUUAUCCAUUUUUUAG